AGUCAAGUUGCAGUUAUGGUCACGUGGCAUUCAUCCUCAAGACCGCAGCCAGUUCUCUCGCUCAACUGGACCCUUCACCACCCGCUUCUUCCAUUUACUCACCUACCCACCCACCUACACCGCCCUUGCUACUCGCGAACGACGACGAGGAGAGAGACACAGAGCGAAAGAACCUUCCCUCUCCCUUCUCGACUCCAAUUCCUCACACAACCAGAGAAACGAGUAUGAACGUCAAUGCUGCUUCGUUCACCCCACAGGGAGCUGGAGGUGACAAGCCCUCUGGCAACGCUUCUGGAUUCCGAUCGUCCUUGUCGAACUCCCUUGCGAACGAGGGCAAAAAGUCGAACCAGCGGGCACCCCUGCCCGUGAACCACUCCAAGGCCUUUUCUGUGGAGCAGCAGCAACGCUCAUUGCCUGGCCGGGGUAAAACCCAGCGACAGAGCAGCUCCAAGAGGAGUGGCCAUGAUCGGGAGCAGGGUCGUGCAGCAACUGGUGGUGCACGAUCUUUGUCCUCCUCCACUUCGACCCUUACGUCAACAGCGGAUUCGCUGGCGGUCUCAAUGGGCCAGCUGAGCACGAAUGACAAGGCCGGACGAGGCAACAACAAGAAGAACCAGGUCUCGCUCAACCAUCUCCUGAACUUUUCGUUCCCUAUUCGGGAAGAGCCUCAGAACACCGGCCCUGUGCGCAGACGUCGCAAUGUCAACUAUCAGCCCUUCAACAAGGAUAAGUUUAUCAAUGCAAAUUUCCGAUUUCUCAUGAACCCCCGUCGUGACUACGAGGUCUUCACGAUGGAUGCCGAUGUGCGGGUCGAGUGGGAUGAUAUUGAGCAGGUUUUGAUUUCUGUGCCGCAGUCAUGCCCAAUCUGCCUCCAGACACCGGUGGCCGGUCGAAUCACAAAAUGCGGUCAUGUCUAUUGCUUCUCCUGCAUCCUGCACUACCUUGCAUUGAGUGAGUCGAGCAAGGCCUGGCGAAAGUGCCCUAUCUGCUGGGAUGCCAUUUACGAGAAGGAUCUUAAGAGCGUCCGCACGGUACAGGAGGAACACGAUAUCUACGAUCAGGGCGAAAAGGAGAUUGCCAAGCAAAUCGCAGCGAAGCAAGAGGUCUUCCUCGAAAUGAAGUUGAUCCAACGAGCAUUGAACUCAACAGUGGCUCUUCCAAGAUCAAAGACAUUCCCCCUGGACGAGAGUGCAUUACCGGGAGAGCUCAAAGGCCAGCCGCCACUAGAGUUUUACCCCGAUGCGAUGCUUUUCAGCCGAAUGAUGAUUACAACACUGGACAGGAUCGUCUCUGAGCUGGAUCGGGAUAUCCAAGCGAUCGAAUUCAGCAUGGAAGAUGCCAAGAGUUAUGAUAUCAACAGUCAUUCGGAAGAGAUAGUGUUCUUUGAGAUGGCUUUGAGCAAGAUCCAGGAGAGGAAGGACAAAACCCGGGACGACGCAAAGUUCUUUCCUAAGGCUGCCCUUGAACGUGAACGGAUCUUGCGGCAACACUUUGACCGAGCUUCAACGGAGGAACCGACUGAAGCAGAUGGUGAGGAGGCGACAGCGCCCACCAGGACGAUAACAUAUGCGGAGUCUGGACCCGAGGCAUACGAGAUGGGACGGAGCGAUGAGCCUCUAUCCUCCGCUCAAGAGGAAAGGUUCGAUGACGAAACACAAGCUGAAAGCAGGGUAGAGCUGAACUCGAAUGCGGCACCCCCCGCAGAAUCAACACCUGUCACUGCUCAGACGCGGAAUCGAGCCUCGCAUCAGAUCACGACCAUGUACUACUUUUAUCAGGCAGCAAAUGGUCACCAUCUAUAUCUUCAACCACUCGACAUCCGCAUUCUAAAGCAGUACUUCGACUCUUACGAGAAAUUUCCAGACACAAUUACGGUCAAGGUCCUUGGUAUUGAGGAGACCAGCCUGACAGAGGAGGUGCGGAAGAAAUGUAAAUACUUAGGGCAUCUUCCAUUGGGUUGUGAGGUCUCGUUUUUAGACGUUGCCUUGGAGGGCAUAGUUGGUGAGGAAGGAGUCAGGCCGUUCGAGACAGAAGUGAGGAUGCGUAGGAGCAAACGGCUAGAGAAGGAGGCAAGGGAGGAGCGUGAGCGUAUCGCACGGGAACACAAGUUAAAUCCGCCAAAGCCUCGGAGGGAUGACUUUUUCACAAACGAUCCAUUCUUCCAGGCACCGGCAGGAACCACACAUCGUACCACCGCCAGCGGGGUAGGAGCUGAUGCUGAGUCCGAUGCUGAUCUACAGGAGGCGUUGCGGCUUUCUGCUCAGGCCGAGAGGGACGAUAUGCCCACACUGAGCGAGGCUCACGCUAGGUCCGCACGCCGGCCGUCUAUAUCACAGUCUGCUUCGAGUUCCAGGAAUAUUCCUGGCUCUGGUGAUGCAGAGAGGCCAGCGGCCGGUGCGCAUGAGAACUGGGCAAGUAGUUACGAAUCUAAUGCUAGCACUGGCCAUACAGGGACAUCGACGGUUUGGGGAACGCCGUCCGUCCCGGCGCGGCACUACGACGAGUACGAUGACUACUACGAUGAGGACCACGACUAUGAGCCGGAAGUCGUCGUAAAACGCGGCAAGAAGAAGGUGGCUGUGCUAUUGUCGAACAACAGCCGACGCAAUAGAUGAUCGAGGCGUCUUAAAGUCGACUCCGUUUGAGCUCAUGGCCGUGUACAUUCAGAAGGGUGUCCAUUGCUAUCCCCUCAGUAUUCCAUUUCGCCGUCUCUCUCUCUCUCUCUUUCUUUCUCUUUCUCUGCGUGAAUGUGGAAAGAUCCCUGUGCGAUCUAGUCUUUGUGCAUAUUAUUAUUGUCGGUGCAAGUUUUGGUAGUCGCGGGUUCGAUACAAUCGACCACAUAUAAAAAAUUCUAUCUUUCACUUUUUUUUUGAUAACUAGG